AUGGAAACAUACAAGGGUAGGGUCGCUUUUAUUCAGGCUCGAGCCAGGGCCCCCAACCGUCACCGACACAGUGGAUCAGAGUUGAGAGCCCCGUCAGCAGCAGCAGAACUUCACAAAAAAAUCAGAGAAGCAUUUGAAGUGUUUGACCACGAGUCAAAUAAUACAGUGGAUGUGAGAGAAAUUGGAACAAUUAUCAGGUCAUUGGGCUGCUGCCCCAGUGAAGGAGAGCUACACGACCUGAUUGCAGAGGUAGAGGAAGAAGAACCCACUGGAUACAUCCGAUUUGAAAAAUUUCUUCCCGUCAUGACGGAAGUACUACAGGAAAAGAGAUACAGACCAAUUCCAGAAGAUGUUCUACUUAGAGCUUUCGAGGUUUUAGAUCCAGCUAAACAUGGGUUUCUUACCAAGGAUGAACUGAUCAAGUACAUGACUGAAGAAGGCAUGAAGUCUUGCUUCCAAGAGAGGAGACUGCUCCCCAAGAGUCUUUGUCAUGGGCACACUCAGGGUACUGUGGAAGUGUAUGAGGAACAGCUAACAGCCUUAUUGGAGGAUGGAGCCCGCAGAGAAGUUGAAGACACUAAGAAGAUGGGAGAGGCCAGUUUCCAGAACAACAAAAGGAUUGGCUUCAGGGAGGAACAACGAACAAGUUUAUGUAGUCCCCACCGAUGGCCUCUACUACAUGUAAGACAACUCUUGAGCUCACCUACUUGUCCUAACAUCCAAUUUAAAUCACAAUGGCAUUUUCCUGGCAAGAAGAAUGCUUGGUCUCUUGUGGAGAAAGCUUGCUUAUCCUAUGACUCCUGGCUUCUGCAGAGCCUGCCAGACCUGUGGAAAGCCUGUGCUCACCAUCCUGAGCUAGGGAAGCUGCAUGUCGCAGGACCCAACAAGCAGGCCUGGGAAAGUAGUGAUCUCACAUUCUGA